AUGUCUACAUCAGGAGCUAGUCGAAAAGAACUUCCAACAACCCUAGACGACCCAUCCAUGACUGACGACCUUCAAAGCAACUUGUUGCACCCAAACCCAGCUACUGAAGCUCAGAAACACAAGAAGAAGACCUUGGUGCAGGGCCCAAGAUCCUACUUCAUGGACGUCAAGUGCCAGGGCUGCUUGAACAUCACCACUGUCUUCUCCCACGCACAGACCGCUGUCACCUGUGACAACUGCUCCACUGUCUUGUGCACCCCAACCGGUGGUAAGGCUAAGUUGACCGAGGGCUGCUCUUUCAGAAGAAAGUAA